UGCGGAUAUUAUUACAUAGCUUUAAAUUUGAACGUCUUAGUUACAAUAUAGGUGCAUUUAGUUUGUUAGGUUGGCAACAGUGCUUACUUGACGGCGAGCGUGCUCGCAGCGAACUCUUCCUUCCUUUUUUCAAGACACAACAAGAUGUCGUCGAAGAUUAUUAAGCCUGGAGGCGCUGAGCCUGACAACUUUGAAACACAAGUUGCUCAGGCCCUCCUUGAGCUGGAGAUGAACUCUGACUUGAAAGCACAGCUUAGGGAAUUGCAUAUUACAAAAGCUAAAGAAAUUGAGCUGAAUAAUAAGAAAUCAAUCAUUAUUUAUGUACCGAAGCCGAAAUUGAAGCAAUUCCAAAAGGUGCAGACGCGUUUGGUGCGCGAGCUGGAGAAGAAGUUCAGCGGCAAACACGUUGUGUUCGUUGGCGAGCGCAAAAUUCUCCCCAAGCCCACACGUAAGACGCGCACCAAGAACAAGCAGAAGCGCCCGCGCUCCCGCACCUUGACUGCCGUCUACGAUGCGAUCUUGGAGGAUUUGGUAUACCCAGCUGAGAUUGUGGGUAAACGCAUCCGCGUGAAGUUGGACGGCUCGCAGCUGAUCAAGGUCCAUCUGGACAAAAAUCAGCAGACCACAAUUGAACACAAGGUGGACACAUUCGCAGCCGUUUACAAGAAACUUACAGGAAGGGAAGUUACCUUCGAAUUUCCUGAACACUAUUUGUAAGAGUAAAGAAUAAAUAAUGAAUAAACAUCAUUAAUUAUUA